AUGAACGAUAGUGACAACGCUUCGGUGAAAGCGCCAGCUGGGGAGGCUCACUUCGACAGGGCUUUUCGGGGAGCACAGAUUUCCAUGAUCUGCUUCUACACCAUCUUGUGUAUGGUUGCCAUUGUUGGCAACUCCUGCGCCGUUUACGUCGCCUUGUCCAGGAGACGAAUGAGAAACGUAACCAACUAUUUCGUGGCUAGUUUGGCCGUCAGCGACAUCCUAAUGGCAGUUAUUUGUAUUCCCUUUAGCUUCGUUGCCAAUGUUUUAUUCAACUACUGGCCGUUCGGAGCCGCACUGUGCCCUAUCGUAACGUACCUACAAGUUGCAGUUGUGUUUCAGAAUGCAUACACGCUGUUAGCGAUGAGUCUAGAGCGAUACAUCGCCAUCAUGCAUCCUUUCCUGCGUCGACUGGGGAAAAGACAGUGUCUUCAGAUUGUUGCCUUAUGCUGGAUUUUGGCGUUUUUAACACCCAUUCCAACAGCCGUGACCUCGCAACUGCAUGCAAAUGUGAACAGACGGAACCAGACCUUUUACACGUGUUUUGAGAAGUGGGGAUCUGAGAGACAACGGGUAUCCUACUCACUGACCAUCAUGGUACUACAGUACUUCGUACCACUGGCAGUAUUAGUGUAUACUUAUGGGAAAAUAGUGCAUGUGAUAUGGCUGAAAGAUAUUCCUGCGCCAGGCGAACUAUUGGACCCGAAUGGCAAUGGUGAUCGAAUCAGAAAGAAAGAAGCCGAUCCAAGGAAAAAGGUGAUCAAGAUGAUGUUAACAGUGGUUGGUAUCUACGGCAUCUGCUGGCUCCCCAUCCACAUCAUCACCAUCGCCAGUGACAUCGACGCCUCCGUCUUCAGACCCGCCUACAUGCGGAUUGUGUGGAUUGUGUUCCACUCCCUUGCCAUGAGCAGCUGUGCCUGCAAUCCUUUUAUUUACUGGUUCAUGAACCCUAAGUUCAGGGAAGGUUAUAUCGCUAUGUUCCACGGCCUUCGCGCUACUUGCUGCGCCACAUGUCAGAAGGGCAGCAGCAGAAGUGAAGCUGUGACCUCCAAUGGAAGCAGACGAUAUGUGUUUAAGUUCGCCAACGAUGGCGGGAACACAAACGCUAGUCGCCGCCAUUCGGGCACUCGGAUGGUCGAGUCAACGGGAACUUUUUGUGACGUUAGCCGGAAGUGUGUUGAAACCCUGCUUGUUGAUCAUGGUGACAACGAUCGAAUAUUUGCUAAAGAAAUAGCAUUUGUUCCAGAACUGAGCAAAGUGUCAGAGGCAACCGAACAUAUUGUCAGUUGCUAUGUGGCUAGAAAUCCCCACUCACUCGUGAACAACCAUACAGAUUCACCCUCAUAA